AUGCAGUGUACAAAAAGAGCUCUUGGAUGCCUGUAUGGGCAAGUGAUUGGCGAUUCUCUUGGAGCACGUUAUGAAUUUGAAAGAGCGCACAUCGUGCAGCAGAAAAUACAGGCGGAUCGCAAAUAUGUUGGUGCCGACGAUCAUCCGUUUUUGCCAAUUCUCGGUGGAGGACCAUUCUCCCGAGAAGCAGGCCAGGUUGCUUUAAAAUAUUUAUUUCAAUUGUAA